UCCCACGGACUCGCCGUAGCGCGGUCCGGACAAGGCGGCGAGGAAGCAGGAAGGGAGGGAGAAGGGGGCGCCAGGCAGGUGUGUGGACGUUGCUCGGGUAACAACCCCUUGCCCGGAGCCCGCUUGCCUGCUCGGCCCCCUUCUUCCUCCCUGUGGUACGCGGUGUCCCGGGGGACCGGCUUCGGGAAGCCGCCAUGGACAUCUUCGGGGACUUAAGGAAGAUGAACAAGCGGCAGCUGUAUUACCAGGUUUUAAACUUUGCCAUGAUUGUAUCUUCUGCUCUGAUGAUAUGGAAAGGCUUGAUAGUUGUCACUGGGAGCGAAAGCCCAAUUGUGGUGGUUUUGAGUGGCAGUAUGGAGCCAGCAUUUCAUAGAGGAGACCUUCUGUUUUUAACAAAUUUCCGGGAAGAUCCCAUUAGAGCUGGUGAAAUAGUUGUUUUUAAAGUUGAAGGAAGAGAUAUUCCUAUAGUUCACAGAGUCAUCAAAGUUCAUGAAAAAGACAAUGGAAAUGUUAAAUUUCUGACCAAAGGAGAUAAUAAUGAAGUUGAUGAUAGAGGUUUGUACAAAGAAGGUCAAAACUGGCUAGAAAAGAAGGAUGUUGUAGGAAGAGCAAGAGGGUUUUUGCCAUAUGUGGGGAUGGUUACCAUAAUCAUGAAUGAUUAUCCAAAAUUCAAGUAUGCUCUUUUGGCUGUAAUGGGUGCAUAUGUGUUACUGAAACGUGAAUCCUAAAAUGAGAAGCAAUUCCUGGGACUGGACCGAAAUGAAUUCUAUUGAAAAAAGAAAAACUAAUAUAUUUGAAAUGUUUCACUUUCUAUAUAAAAGAAAACAGUGUGCAGACUUUUUUGUCUCGUCCAAAUAAAUGGUUCAUCAGUAAA